AUGGCACCAGAAGUAUCUCCUCCAUCCACAUCACGCAACGUGGCAGUCAUCGGUGCCGGAGCAGCUGGACUCGUGGCGGCUAGAGAGCUCCGGCGUGAAGGCCACUCCGUUGUCGUUUUCGAACGUGGGAGCCAAACCGGAGGCGUGUGGGCUUACACACCAAACGUUGAACCUGACCCGCUUAGCAUUGAUCCGACCCGACCCGUGAUCCACUCGAGCCUCUAUAGCUCUCUCCGCACCAACAUCCCACGAGAAUGUAUGGGUUUCACUGACUUCCCUUUUUCGACAAGACCAGAAAACGGGUCUAGAGAUCCGAGAAGACAUCCGGGUCAUAGUGAGGUUCUUGCUUACUUGAGAGACUUUGCCAAGAAGUUUGAGAUCGAGGAGAUGAUUAGAUUCGAGACAGAGGUUGUGAGGGCUGAGCCGGCGGCGGAUGAUCGCCGGAAGUGGAGAGUUGAGUCAAGGAACUCCGACAGUAUCUCCGACCAGAUUUACGACGCCGUCGUCGUUUGUAACGGUCACUAUACAGAGCCUCGUCAUGCUCAAAUCCCUGGCAUAGAUUCAUGGCCAGGAAAGCAAAUUCACAGCCAUAAUUACCGAGUUCCAGAUCAAUUUAGAGAUCAGGUUGUGGUGGUGAUUGGAAGCUCAGCAAGCGGAGUAGACAUAAGCAGAGACAUUGCAAAGGUUGCAAAAGAAGUCCAUGUCUCUUCAAGAUCUACUAAACCGGAAACGUACGAGAAACUUCCCGGUUAUGACAAUUUAUGGCUGCACUCUACGAUUGAAACUGUUAGAGAAGAUGGUUCUGUGGUUUUUCCAAGCGGAAAGAAGGUUUACGCUGAUACCAUUAUGCACUGCACCGGGUACAAAUAUUACUUCCCGUUUCUCGACACAAACGGUGAAGUAACGGUUGAGGAUAAUCGUGUUGGACCGUUAUAUAAACAUGUUUUCCCGCCGUCUCUUUCUCCGGGACUUUCAUUUAUCGGAUUACCAUGGCAGAUCACUCCUUUUCCGAUGUUUGAACUCCAAAGCAAGUGGGUAGCCGCAGUUUUGUCUGGUUGGGUUACGCUCCCGUCGAAAGAUGAGAUGAUGGAAGAUACUAAGAUGUUCUACGCAAAGCUCGAGGACUUGGGUAUCCCCAAGAGAUACACACAUCUUAUGGCAGACGAUUCUCAGUUUGAAUACGAUAAUUGGCUUGCUGAUCAAUGUGACUAUCCUCGGAUAGAGAAAUGGAGAGAGCAAAUGUUUUACAUCGGUUACAAGAGAAUAUACGCUCAAUCCAGUACAUAUAGGGACAAUUGGGAUGAUGAUCACCUCAUUGCAGAAGCAUAUGAAGAUUUCGUCAGAUUCACAUCUAACUAUUCAAGCUCUUUGAUCGAAUCUUAAAAAAGAAAGAGGAUAUAUAAACAAACGAAAAGAACUUAGCUUUUGUUCUGCGGAGAAGAGGCCAAUAAGCGUGCGUCAGUUUAUUGCAUGCGGAAAUGUUGAAAGUCGAAUACUAGUAAGAAAUAAGCGACUUGAUAUAUAUGUGUGGAUAACGAUAACGAUAUUUUAGAAAAUAUGUAAUAAGAUGAGGAACAUUGUAUAAAGCCGCCUUUCGUAAAGGAAGAAACAAACAAAAGAGUUUGCCAUAACUCAUCAUAAGUCACUGAGAAAUUCUCGGUGAUGGUUUAAUAGUCAUAUAAAGACC